AUGAACCCAGGAGCAAAGUCAUUCUCGAGCCAAGGGUCCGUCUCCGCGUCAGUCGACUCGCUAGCAUCAGUGCCAGGGAUUCGGGAAACAACUUUGGCCAUCACACCAGGCAAUGGCAAUGAGCUGCUGCUCGCUCAGGGGUCUCCUAACAGUCUCAACUCGACCUCGGCCUCCUCUCUUUCAUCAGCAGGCUCCUUGCCCAUUCACCAACAGCUCUUGCAGAACCCCUUGGGCGAAUCUGUCUUGGGGAUGACACUUCGGAGCCACAACGUCGACGGAGGGCUGCACUCGAUGAGCCCCAGCAGCAGGACACAGAGCCGAACUCAUAGCAGGAACCAUAGCAGCACGCAGAGCAGCAACAGCCAUCAUAGCCUAGCCAUGAACAGCAGGACGCCGAGCGAGAGCAAUGGCCAGUAUUCCCUCUAUACACAUCAAGCAAACAGCACCGCUCAUACUUUGAUCAACGAUGGCGGUCUAGCAGGAGCAGCAGGAGAUUUAGGGUGUGCAGGACGACCGUCGGCUAAUGUUACCCCUCAGGCACACCCGACGUUGCUUGCAGGGAGCCAUGGGUCGAAUUAUCUCACCAGCCCGAAUGACAUCACCACCGGCGGCCAGGGCGAAGCAGAGUCUCCCACUGGCGAUACCUCCUCAUGCUGGAACUCGCCUCCCACACGGCCUCAGAUCCCACCCAUCGUUUCUACCAGUAUGACCAGCAGCACAGGAGGACUCACAUCGCCUGCAAGUCUGUCUUCCCCAGUUCAACUCACCCAACCUUCGCCAAGUUCACAGCACACACAAACGACUCUAAUCCAUCAGCAGUCAGUAUCAACACUGCAACAACCUCAACCAGCGCAGAAGCCUAAGAAGGAGAAGCACUCCUUUGGAGGCAUGUCUGCCAGCAGCUUCCUGACCGAGACUCUCCCUGGCGCAGGCAUGAAAUUAUACCCCGGCUCCAAACGCGGUGCCAAAUCUCAUGGAGACAUGUCUAUCAGCAGCGGCAAAAACAAGAAAUCGGGUGGUAGCACUGGAAGCGGUGGCGGCGGACCCUUGUCGUCCAUCAAUACCCGGAAACAUCAUCAGCAGCAGCUUUCGCCUGGAGGUCACUCUUUGAUUAUGGAGAGGACCUAUUCGACAUCAAGCGGCAACAUCUCGAGUCCAAUGACGGGUAGUGGCCACUAUAUGACUUCGCCGACGAUGUCCAGGAACAACCACUCGAGUCUGGAUGCCAAGGUGAUGGCCAGGGAGAUGUCCCAGGGUCACGCAACGGAGGAUGUCUGGCAAGCCUUGUGUAUCAAGGUGCUGACACUUUUCAAUGGACAAGGACUGACAGGGGCCAUCGAGGACCUUAACGAACUCGUCCGGCGCUGCUUGACAACACGGAACGCGUUCACGCUGUGCGACGAGAUCAACGAGCUUCUCAAGAACGGUAUGCUGACACUGAACGCCAAACUGGGUGAUGUGCCUGAUGAGAAACUGGUCUCGCGUUUGGUCGAAGGAUGGUCGUUCUUCUUUGGCACGGUCCUGCCAUACUUUGAGGGCGUUUUUCUCCCACUGCAGAUCGAGCUCAAGACAUACCACGCAAGAAAUAUGACACGGAAGGUCCAAGUCGCCAGUUCAGCAGCCAGUCACCACAGCGGGAACAACAGCAUGAUGGAUAUUGGCGGGGGUGGCGGGGGAGGAUUGACGGGAGCAAGCCCAAGGUCCGGAUUGGUUGAUUUGGACCGCCACCAUGAUGAUUCCGAGCCAGAGAACGUGCGCACUAUGGCUUUAGCCGCCUUUAGAGACCAAGUCAUCUUGCCAAUGGUCGAUCGCCUCGAUGGGGUGUUUGCCAAGCUGUUUGUGGAUCUGGAUGCUUCGAUCUCGGUAUCGGAUACGGCGUUGAGGAUGAUACAGAUGACAUCGGUACUGACGUCGAUCCAAUCAGGUGAUGCCCAGCAGUUGCUGAUGGAGCAGGUGUACAAUCGGCUAAAGACCAACUGGAAGCAGUUUACGAGACGCGGCAAUCGAGGCGGGUUCAUUGGUCUCGACAAGAAGAUUGGCGGGCUAUCAUAG